CAUCAUUUUUCAUCAGACACUAAGCGUUGGAACGUCGUCGUGAAAAUGCGGGUUUGCUCGAGAGAUCGUUCUUUUUGUUUCAUCUUUUCUUCGAUCCUACUUUUUUUUACCUUGAGCGUCAUCGAUGGACAACGGGUGGAUACUAUGGGUAACGAUUGCUCCCUACAGCAGACCUGCACCGCUUGCAUCACAACCCCGAAUUGCCGCUGGUGUAACGUUGUGACCUCUGAAAAUUCUACCGAGAACCCAUUGCGUUGCGUCGAUCGGCGGUACAGUGAUUCGAAAAAUUCGUGGUGCCGGAAAGGGAGCAUCGUCGAUCCAAGAAGUACGAAGAGUUUACCCAACAGUAUCACGCUUUCGUCGGAAUCGGUCAAGAACCGAGUUAAGUUGCGACUUCGUAUCGGCGAGGAACAUCGCUUGAAAAUCGUAUUCAAGCAGACGGUAGAUUACCCCGUUGAUAUGUAUUUCAUCGUUGACCUCUCGAAUUCGAUGCGACAAUUCCGCGAUAACCUUUCACAGCUGGGAAUCCGGCUGGGCGAAGAGAUGACAAAACUUACGAAAAAUUUUCGUUUGGGAUUCGGUAGUUUUGUCGACAAGAACUUAGCCCCCAUGGUUAUACCCACCGAAUACUGGGACGGAGAUCAUCACUAUUCGUUUCACAACGCAAUGCCGUUAACGGAUAACUACGAACUUUUUAAGAGUAAGGUAAGAGGCUCUCCGCUGACCGGGAAUUAUGAUUCGCCGGAAGGAGGUUUUGACGGAGUUAUGCAAGCUAUGGUAUGCCAAGAAGAAAUUGGUUGGCGAUCGGCUGCCCGCCAUCUUCUCGUCUACGCUAGUGACGCGAUGCCCCAUAUAGCAGGGGAUGGAAGGCUUGCAGGGCUGCCCGAACCGAACGACGAGAAGUGCCACCUGAAUUCUACGGGUUAUUACACUCACGCGGAACUUCAGGAUUACCCGUCACUUGGCCAGAUAAACAGGCAAGCGGAAAAAAACAACGUGAACAUCAUCUUCGCCGUACGUGACUACCUCAGAACAGUUCACCAAGGGAUAGGGACGGUCGUACAGGGUUCGUCGACCGGAGUUUUCGACAGUACGUCGGAUGGCGUGAUCAAGUUAAUCAGCGCGGAGUACGCGAAACUUGUAAGGUCCGUCACAAUGACCAGCAACUCAACGACGGAUUUUUUGGACGUCAAAUUUUUUUCAAAAUGUCUCAACAAGAACGGGGGCUUACUGCAGAGGAACGUUUGCGACGGAUUGCGCGUUGGAUUGAAAGUCGAAUUCGAGGUCGUCAUCAAGGCCACAGAUUGCCCGAAUCAAAAAAAGGACUGGCGUCAGACCGUCGAGAUCAAACCGCAGGGAAUAAACGAAAAAGUAAUCGUCGACGUCGAUGUGAUCUGCGAAUGCGAUUGCGCGAAGACACAGGACGAGAGAGAAACUAGCCCCCGGGCACCGGAGUGUCACGAACGGGGUGUUCUCGAGUGCGGCGUGUGUUCCUGCGAUCACGGGUCAUUCGGAAAGUGGUGUCAAUGUCACGGUGACAAAAGUCUCGAGAACAGCGACGAGCUGUUGGCGUUCUGCAUGAAGGACAACUCGACCAUGGAAUUGUGCAGCGGUCGCGGAAGCUGCGUGUGCGGCGUGUGCAAUUGCGGCUCGGGAUCGAUGCCCGGUGAAAAUUACUACGGAAAAUAUUGCCAGUGCGACGAUAUCCACUGCAGUUACUCGAGGGAUCGAAAGCUGUGCGGCGGUAACGGGCGCUGUGAAUGCGGAGAAUGCAAGUGCAAUCCCGGAUGGGGAGGGACGGCCUGCGAUUGCCGGAACGACAUUUCACUCUGUCUUCCACCGGGUGACAACGCCCAGGUUUGCAGCAAUGCGGGAAAAUGCAUCUGCGGAAUGUGCGAAUGUGACAAGGAUAAGAAGCGAAACGGUCGAUUUUGCGAGGACUGUCCGUCGUGCCCGAGCCAACGGUGCGACGAGUUCAAGGACUGCGUCGAAUGUCACGUUCAUCAUUCGGGAAAGAUUUACGAAGGGGAUCGCAAUUGUCUUCAAUGCAACAUCGGCGACGUUCAGUUGGUGGACGAUAUCGACGGAGACCAGGCCAAAACGGACUCCGGGACUCACGUUUGUCGCGUUCCGGGUGACGACGGUUCGACUUUCGUCUUUAUUUACGCGUACGAGGAAGGCAACGGCGAUCAUGUUCCCAAGAUCAUAGCGAAGAAGCAAAAAGACUUUCCUGUAAUCAGUGACUUCCUCGCGGUAUCAAUCGGCGUUAUGCUGCUCACUCUUUUGCUGGGGCUCCUGACCCUCCUGAUAUGGAAGCUCGUCACCUUCUUCCACGACAAACAAGAAUACCAGAAAUUCAUGAAAGAAACAUCGAUUUCGAAAUGGGGACAGGGUCAAAAUCCACUCUACGUCGACGCAGUAACGACCUUCGCAAACCCCACAUUCAGUUCGGCCGGGAGUAGCAACGACGACCUUUAGCCUCCUAAAAAAAAAAACGCGUCGCGCUAAAGUUUCAGACCUUUCGAAUUGAAGCUUUUACUUUUUACUGUACAAGUGACGCACCUCUUACUCCCGAAGAGUCCUACUAACUCUUUUGAUUCCAAAAACUGCGUCACUCUCGCCAAAAGGAGUGAAAUUUUCACUCCGAAUUUUUUAUUAUUUCUUUUUUUUCCUUUCCAUCUCUUAACGAAAUAACACGCCACAAUUUAACGAAAUGAAUUAAUAAAAACCACGCUGCUCCGAGCAGCCGUGUGGCUUUUAGCAGGUUCGUUAUUUUUUUUUUCUUUCACUUUCUGUCAAUUAUUAUAAUUUUGUUAAAUCCGUUGUUAGUCAUAACCAUUGUGAUAACAAAAUAGUGUAUCAAGAUAUGGAAAUAAAUAUUUUCGACACUCGU